GUUACGAAGACGUGGGAAGUUUUGACUGGCGGCGAAAAACGCUCGUUCGUAUACGUGCGUUACCGUAGCGUGCGUGCUCGCGUCGGUACUGCUCGCGUUGCCAAGUGCAAGUGAACGCGGGGAAAGGCGGGGAGAAUCUUCGGAGAGUAGGGUUCGUCGUUUGCGGCGAAUAAUUCGUGUCGCACGUGUGUCGGCGUCGUCGCUUCAAGUUGGCAGUCGCUUGUACGAUGUGAACGGUUAGGGGAGGCAUCAUGCUACUGUUGUGAUACAUGCCGUCGACGCACGCCUUACGGGAACAUAAUGGGCAACGACGGAUGACUGAGAGAACUACGUCCGCUGACUACGCAGACAAACCCUUCACCUGUAUGUGCCGCCAUCUAGCGGCAGUCGCAGCAGACGCUAGUUAGUAGCGCCAUCUACCGAACGACAGCACCGUUGCACGGGUAACAACAGCACGGAUGUAUCGUGUAAGGAUCCUCCAACCGCGGAAUCUGCUGAUGCUGGUUGUAGUCGUCUGCGUACUGCUGACCGCAUACGUACAUCGCCUGCACAUGAAGACCGACGGCACCGCCGCUAGCUGGCGCGAACGCAACCAAACGAAACACCUCGUCGGCACCGCCAGACGGCAGCAGCAUGAGCAGCAGACGCCGCAGCUCACGUGCGUGCCGACGGACGCGGUCGACGCGAAGGCGGACGUCGAUACGUACAGCGUCUUUCUGCGCUGGAUGCACGCCGGACGCAAAAGCCGCGGCAGUCCGACGCUGCCGCUGACGGCGACCGACGCGACGCUGCAGCCGCUGCGCGUCUUCGUCGUGCCGCACUCGCACAACGACCCCGGCUGGCUGCACACCGUCGACGAGUACUUCGACUCGAAGACGUCGCACAUACUCGACAACAUCGUCGCCAAGCUAGAGCAGUACGCCGACAUGACGUUCAUCUGGACCGAGACGGUGUUUCUCGACAUGUGGUGGCGGCGAGCGACGCCGACGAUGCGCGCCCGCUUCGUCGCGCUCGUCGGCAGCGGUCGGCUGGAGAUCACGGGGGGAGGGUGGGUAAUGCCGGACGAGGCCGUCACGCAUUACUACUCCGUCGUCGAUCAGUACAUCGAGGGGCACGAGUGGCUGUGGCACAACGUCGGCGUGCGGCCGAGGAACAGCUGGCAGAUCGACCCGUUCGGUCACUCGAGUUCGAUCGCUUACAUUCUCAACCUCGUCGGCUUUGAGAACGCCGUCAUUCACCGCAUUCACCAUGGCUUCAAGUGGCACCUGGCGACCGAACGCAACCUCGAGUUCCGCUGGCGACAGUACUGGGACGCCGAAGACGCGCGCCCGCUCUUCACGCACGCGACGCCCAACCAGCACUACACGAUGAAGUGGACGUGCGGACCGGAUACGGCCGUCUGCUCCAACUUCGACUUCCGGCACGUCGUCGGCGAGUUCCGCGAGAGCAUGUCGGUGCCGAUCACCAAGCACAACGUCGCCACGAAGGCGCGUCAGCUGCUCGACCAGUACCGCCAGAAGGCGGCGCUCUACCGACACAACGUGCUGCUGGUGCCGCACGGCGACGAUUUCCGCUACGACAAACCGGCAGAGUUCGACCAGCAGUACGUCAACCUGCGCCGACUGUUCGCGCACAUCAACGCGCAGCCGUGGGACGCCGACGUCCGCUUCGGCACGCUGCAGGAUUACUUCGACGCCGUCCACGAACGCGAGGGGGCGCUGCUGCCGGCGAAGCUGCCGACGUUGACAGGUGACUUCUUUCCGUACUCGGACGAGCGCACGGACUACUGGUCCGGAUUCUACACGACGCGUCCGUUUAACAAGCGACUCGAGCGUCUCCUUGCGUCGCGCCUGCGAGCUGCCGACGUCGUCUUUACGCUUCGCGACAUGACGACGACGGAACGCGACGCCGACGCCGCAGAGUUGCUGACGUUCGCGCGCCGCCAGCUGGGUCUCUUCCAGCAUCACGAUGCCAUCACGGGCACGUCGGAAGACCACGUCGCCGACGAUUACAGCCGCAAGUUGUGGCUCGGACUGCACGCCGUCGACCGCGUCAUCCUGCGCACGGUGCAGGCGUACGCGCUCGCCGACGGACACCUGCGCGACGUCGUCACGCGCGGCAACAUGACGCUCAUACACAUGAACGAACAGAUGCGCACGUAUCAGUCGCUCCCGCUGAAGCAGCUGGUCGGCGUGCGACACAAGGCGGCGCACGUGCUGCUCUACAACGCGCUGACGCUGCCGCGACACGAGCUCGUACGCGUGCACGUCAACCACCCGCACGUCGUCGUUCGCGACGGCGACGGCGUCGUCGUCAGGAGUCAGGUGAACCCGCUUUGGCGCCCCGACGAUCCCACGCGGAUCAGCGACGCCGCUUUCGAGGUGGCGUUCCUCGCGCGCGUCCCCGCGACGUCGGUCGCCGUCUUCAGCGUCGCGAAGAGCAAGCCCGACGCGGAAGGCACCGCCGUCAAAGCUUCCGUCGUGCUCCUAGGUGGCGCUGCGAGCGCGACGUCGUCGGUGUUCGCCGUCGACACGUCGCCGCAGGAGCUGUUCAUACAGAACGACGCGCUCGUCGCCUGGUUCGACUCGCGCAGCGGGUUCCUGCAGGGCGUCACCGACAAGAACACGAGCGAGAACAUACAGCUUGGGCUCGACUUCCACGUGUGCAAGUCGCGGCACAGCGGCGCCUACCUUCUCGGGGACCUGCACGCGAGAGAGCCGCUUCUCGUCGGCGAGUCGUCGCCAGUCAUCCGGCUCGUCAAGGGCCCGCUCGCCGAGGAGAUACACGUCAUCGCCGGGCACGUCGUCUCCGGAAACGUCAUCAACACGAUCGCCGUCGACAAAACUCAGGCGACGUCGGCGUCAGCGCUGCGGCUGGAUAUUAGUAACUUGGUCGACGCGGGCGAUCUCGUUAAUAGAGAGGUAAUCAUGCAGCUGAAGACGGAUACGAAUAGCGGCGACACGUUCUACGCCGACCUCAACGGCCUGCAGGUCGUCAAGCGCACCACGUACCGAAUGCUCCCGACAGAUGGCGCCAGGUUCUACCCGGCGACGUCGCUCGUCGCCGUGCAGGACCGGCGCGUGCGCGUCUCGCUGCUGCUGUCGCAGACGCACGCCGUCGCCAGCCCCGCCACCGGCACACUCGAGGUAAUACUCGAGCGACGCAUCGCCGAGAACGAUGGCAAGGGCGUCAGCGGCGGCGUGACGAGCGUGCCGCGGUCGCUGCAGCGACACACGCUGCUCGUCGAGCGACGCGGCUUGCAGCGCCACACGGCGGACGAAUCGCACGUGCUGCGGCCGACGAUGCGCAGUCACCGGCUGUCGCAGCGACUCAACGACCCGCUCAUCGCCAUGGUAGCCGACGCGCAGCUCGACCCGCUGCUGCUGAAGCGCGUCGUCGACCUGCCGCUGUCGCUACCAUGCGACGUGCAGCUAGUGUCGCUGCGGCCGCUCCUCCCCGCCGACAGUGCCGCGGCGUCUGAGUACGCGCUGCUCGUGCACAGGCCCAUGUACGAGUGCCGCGACGACGACGCUGACGAUACCGGAAGUUGCGCCGCGCCGCAGCCGGCGACGUCGUUCGCCGACGUGCUUCCCGGCGUGCGCGUGUCGCGAGUCGCUCGCUCGUCGCUGAGCUUCCUGAAGACGGAUCCGUCCGUCCCACCGUCCAGAAUGAUGAUUGUCAACUCAAUGGAGAUCGCCGCAUUCCGCCUGGAAGUCGACCACAAGAGGGCGCGUCGGCAAGCAGUUGACACUAAUUGACAUUAAUAGUCUCUCUCGCUAAAUAAAUAAAUAAAUAAAUAAAUAUAUAUAUAUAUGUAUGUAUAUAUGCAUAUAAUAUAUAUAUACGAUAAAAAUAUAUGACGUAAAGAGACUCUAAUUGUUACUGAAAGGAGGGAAUGAAUCAUUUUUUCGCAUCGGGGUCUAUGAUGCACACAGUAUUUACUAUACACACUCUAGUGAUUUCGACCGAAGGCUUGUCUUGUUAGAGUUGACACAAGAUUGGGUGCGGGUCUUUCGCCCCCUGAAUGUUACUCUUGCACCACACUGCAUCACGUUGUGUUGCGUUACGUUAACGUUAGUGUAUAAUUUGUUACUACUUUUUAAUAUGUAUUACAAUUUCCUCAUACAUGUGAGUAUAUAUAUAUUGUUGUAUUAUAUAUGGUUCCAUUGUAUUAUAAAGUAUUAACAUAAUUGUGUCAUGGGAAUGGAGAAUUUAUUGACAAAUUGUUGGGCUGGAUAACGUUUCUGUUAUAUGCGAUAUUUCAUAGAAAUAUGACAAAUAUAUAUAAAUAUUUCUUGGCGUUGGAUCUAAUCUGUUCCCGGUAAAUAUGUGAUAUUAUUGAUAUCGGCCAGACAUCACAAAGGCUGUAGUUAGUAGAAAAGUGGGAAUGGGAAGCUCGCGUGGUGGCCCUAACAUAUCAACUGUGUGUGUAUGUAUGUGUGUGUGCGCGUGCGUGCGUGUGUGUGUGUGUGUGUGUGUGUGUGUAUGUGUGUGUGCGCGCGCGCGCGUGAGUGCGUGCGUAUGCAAGCAUGUACACCAACGCGCGCGCUCGUAAAGCAUAGGCCCAAUCGCGAUUGUUUUAUGAUCGGAAGUAAAUUAUUUCACCGCGUGAUUGCGUAGUUCGUGUAAUACGUAACAUUCUUCAUCAGCGCUGUCUCAUCGUCUGUUUGUGUGCGUAGCCAGACGCCACAGCUAGACACACGCAGUGAUGCGGCAACAACCUAGCAGCAGCAGCAAGAAGCGGUUAAAUGCAUGCCCGUUGCUAGCUAGCUAGGUGCACAAUGAACGUGCUCCCGUGCGUGUUUCGAUCCAUCUAUUCUCGUCACAUACAGACGACAGAUCUGUCCGCAUUUUGCUGUGCGAUCCUUGCUACGUACUCUAUAUUAGUGCAGCUUCACGAGGGGAGGCGCGUUAAAGCGUUAAACGUAUGAAUUAUUGAAUGUGAUAUAACGCUAGUCUGCGUCUGUGAUCCAUAACAUGUGUGUUUAGAUUAAUGUAUUGAUUAGUUCUAUGGCGUUUGGUUGGUUCUAGCACAGCUGGCAGUUUUUUAUAGCUUGAUUUGUUAUUCAGAUAGGUAGAGGCUGUGAUUUAAUUUGUUCUAGAGUUUGGUUAGGUCUGUUGUUCGGUUUUCUCUGCUGCAGCUUCGUUGGCUGUAUCCUUUUGUGAACUCUAUAGCUUGGUUAGUACUUACUAGUAAGUAGUAAGGUUCGGUCAGGUCUAUUGCCUCUAUAGGUCUGUAGCUAGAAUAAUUCAUAUAAAAGAUGUAUGAUCACCCUGACAACAAUCGCAAGUCAAUAAUAAAACAAUAAUCACGCAUGUAAUAUUUAA